CGAUUUCGUUGAUCAUCGACCGGCGCGACUCCCGGAGCACGACGGCGACGUCGCUUUACGUAACGAAGUGUACCCCACGUCCGCGCUCCGCCUUAGGGUGCUCCAACCUAAAACUGUACAACCAGCCUAGAGGGGUGGGGGAGAAAAAAAAAUAGAAACGAAAAUACUAGAGGAUCGUGAAUAUCGUGAUUUUAGAGCUCGUCGAGUCGUCUGUCACGAUCAAUCGGCGAUCGUGCGUUGUUAGUACGUCAGGCGGACACAAUUGCGUUAAAUGAAGAUAACCUGACGAUUUAUUCUUAUACUCGUGUCAUAACCACAAUUCCAGGAGAAGGAAUAACGCCUGUCAUUGGGGAUAGUCUUUUACAUAAAAAAAAAAAAUACGCUCGCGUUAUAAGGCCUUUUUUUUAUAGUUGAACUAAUGGGUAUACUUUUUGUACUAAGCUUUGUGUCCACAUCUUGCGAUAUCAGAAAUUGCUUUUUGGGCAAAGAGAGAGAACUGAUCAAUCAAUGUAUGAGUUAUUUGGUUAAAUUGUUCAAAUGUAAUUUAAGAUGAUUAUGGAUAUAAGUGGUUUGGGUGCCAUCUGUGAUAAUCCCUUGAUCAGUGGUAAACAAUUGGAAGAGUUUAUGAAGAAAUUUACUGUUCUUACAAUAGAAGAAAUCAAAGCGUCUCUUGAAGUUACUUGCAAAAAAAUAAUUGACAUUUUGAAUGAAGCAGAACCAUGUGUCGGUUGCCGAAGAAGUGUUGAAAGAUUGUUCUACGAGCUGAUGAAGUCUGGACAUCCUGCGUUAGAUCCACUGGUUAUCACCCGCAAUGGCUUGCUUUCUGUAAAAGAUGAUGUUUUGAAAUCGCCUCAACAACUCUGUACUCUGUUACAUGGACAUAGCACUAGGUUAAAUAAUUUAAUGGAAAAACAACAAAGAAAUAGAAAAUCUCGACGAUGCGUAUUGCACACUUUGGAGAUUCAGCGAUUGCCGCCGAUAUGGAACUCUUGGAGGGAAGUGUGGGAUUGCAUGGAGGAACCAUGCAAGGAGGAAUUAACUUUAAUAGAGACAAAUGCACUUGAUGAAGCUUUAGAUACUUAUUUACGUAAACAUAGAUUUUGUGCGGAGUGUCGUAACAAGGUGCUAUUGGCGUCGUCUCUUCUGACACGCGAACCUGAUCCUACAAAAGAAAAAGGCUACGUAGCGGUUUUAUAUAAAGAAAUUAGGCGUUGCGAAAAACAUGUUCAUUUACCACACCAUACGGAAUAUAUGACUACUCUCCUUGGUCGCGCGCAGCCGUGGGCGCUUAUGGGAAGGGAGCGCCACGCGAAAACGCUGGAAAUUGCUCAAGAAGAAGUACUUACGUGCUUAGGUAUAUGCAUCGCGGAACGAUUGCACAGAAUACAUCGACGAAUGAAGGAGGAGGAGACUGUUUGUAAAGUAUUGGCUGCUGUUGCUGUGGACGCAUUGUCUAGAAAUUUCAGGUCGGCGAUCGAGGCAAAACAAGGUAUCUCUCAGUUGGAAUUAUUAUACAAAGAAUUUACGAGGGAAGAAAUAGCGAAACAGAAUAAGCGUGAAAAAUUACGUCUUAAACGCAAGAAGAAGAAAGGACGUCGUAAUGAAGCUGAAGAAAAGGAAAACUCCUGUGAUUGUUCAAAUGAGAGGCAAAGUGAAUCCCCUUGUACCUGUGUGAAAUCAAAACCAAUGACAAACAACUGGCAUAAGUUACAGGUCCUAGAUCCAAAAAAUAAAGGUUCGCCGACAUGUAAAUGUUCAGAUUGUUUAAAAAAACUAAAAACGCAUAAUAUAUCACAAAAUAAGACGGAACCAUCAUUUCCUGUAAAGAAGGGUUUGCAAAAAGUUAAAAAAGACAUCUCCGGAACAAAGAAGAAACUUAAUACAAGUCAAUCGAAGAAAAAUAGUACGCCUUGUAAACAAUUAUCUCAGGAGGAUUCAUCUGAUAUUUGCGACUCGUGUAAAGAGGGUGAAAAAGCUGAUGAGGGUCAAUGGCAUUAUGACGACAAUUGCAAAGACUCUGUAACUAGCGAGUUACCAGACGCUUGGAUAACAGAAACGAAAUACGCUAUGUGGAUAGAGAUGCAAAAUCGUUUCGAAAUACCUGGGAGAAAAAUCCAUUCCUCAAGCGAGCGAUCGUCUCAAGAUUGCGGAUAUUCUUCUGAACACAAUAUCAGCAGUUCUUCUCUUCCUAGCACACCGGAGGGUUCUGAAGUAGCCUGUAACGACGAAUGGUGUGAUCAUGAAAGGGCUUGUCAUGAUAAACUUAAUCAUUCCAGUUCUAGCAUCUCUUUAUUGGAAGAGGGUGGUCCGACACUUACUCAAAUGUUAAAGGAGUCCUGUUUUUCUGACGAUGACGAGAAGGAAAGUUAUAUUCCAGUGGAGGAAGUAUUAGAAUUCAAGUCGAGGGUACGUCAACUCACGGAGAAGCGGUUGGAACUCCGGCAAACACUUAGAGAACGUUUCGACAAGUUGUGCAGCCAUCAGAAAUCAUUUAUCAUUCUUCAGUAAGAAUUCCUACUAGCUAUGGUAAUAUACCAUUCGUUUUCUUUUUUUACUUUGAUUUACUGUCAGUAGUGAGAUACAAAUACAAUAGAUGUAUUUUGAAGAAACUGUUAUCAUUUGAAGUCGACCUUUUAAAUAAAAUGCUGAAUAUGUAUAUGUAAAAAGGCCAAAAAACAUACAAUAAUACUGUUUAUCUCUUUGAGAGUGAAAAAACUAUCAGAUAAAUAAAAAAAUACCGAGGGAUUAAGUAGUUUCAUACACGAUAGUGAAAAAAUGUCGACUUUGAGAAAAGUGCAGAAUACACAACGCAAAUCGUGGUACUAUAAAAAUAAUAUACGGAGUAAUUUAAAUAUUACUGUAUUUCUUGAAAUUGAUUGUAUAAAACUAAGCAAUUUAAGUGAACAAAUAGAUAUCUUGAAUGAAUAUGCCUUGGCCGUGAAAAUAUGGCAAAUACGAUUCCGCGGUAAAUGCACAUUGUUAAAAACAGGUUUUUCAGUGAUCUUCGAAAAGUAUUGUAUUUUCUUGAAAGUUUUUGUUUUCAAGAUUGUUUAUCGCGGCGAUAUGACUACGAUGGAUUCGUAUCGAUGUUAUAACAAGCAGAGAUGCGGAUAUGUAAUAUUGUCGGAAUUUUAAAAUUAAAAUCAAUGUUGCAUUCCAUUAUAAUAUAUAUACAUAUAUUUUAUUAUUCCGAUGUAUAUCCUCUCUGUGUAACUUUCAUUACACAUGCACUGUAAAAAUAUUCUAUAAAAAGAAAUAUUGUCGUAUCAUA